AUAAAAGAUACCAGAUUCCAAACCUUUCCAGUACCACGUCCCACCCCGGGUAGAAGACGCUUCCUUAGCCUGGAGGUUUCUUCAAGCUUCCCUGACAUUGGUGUGUUGACGUGUCGUUGUUGACAUUCAGAAGGGUCGUCGAGGAUCGUCAUCUCUCGGAUCGCACUGUCAAUUUUAAAAUCCAUUUUAGCUUGGGCUUUUUAUCUAUUAAGAUUUAUAUAUGUCUGGAACACUAAGAAGGCGGCUGCAUCAUGGGGAUGUUGAUGGGAGGAGGAACGAGCAUUUAGAUGAAUCUGGCUUCGAUAGUUUGAAUGAACCUCUACUUGCUAGAGAUGAUGGCUACGAUGAUAUGAGCUCUGAGGGACGCACACUAGAAGAUAUUUGGGAUGAGGAAAGAAGGAAGGAGCACCUCCACUGGACCUUUCUCUUCUCCCAGUUGAUAGCACAGUGGGCACAAUGGUUAGCAAGUAUUGUUAUUGGAUCUGGAUCAUUUAUUGGUCGGAUUUGGCCUUUUCCAUUUGCAACUCAAAAUGGAUUAGGCAGGAAGCUUCUUCUACCACAUCUUAGUCCUCUACAGGAAGAAAGACUAGGAAAUCUACAGCAAAGAGGGGAAGUUCCCUUCGAUGGUUCUCGUACGGAGCAUCAAGAUGCGCUUAAGCAAUUAUGGAGGCUGGCUUAUCCUGAUAGGGAGCUCCCUUCUCUUAAAUCAGAGCUUUGGAAGGACAUGGGUUGGCAAGGUGCAGACCCUUCAACAGAUUUCAGGGGUGGAGGAUUUAUAUCGCUGGAGAAUCUUAUCUUUUUCGCCAAGCAAUAUCCGGCUUCAUUCCAGACGUUGUUGCACAAAAGAAAUGGAACAAGAGCUGAGUGGGAAUAUCCCUUUGCUGUAGCUGCCAUUAAUAUUUCCUUCAUGUUGGUACAGAUGUUGGAUCUUCGAUCAGGAAAACCAUCUACAGAAGCAGGAAUUCGAUUUUUAGAAUUGCUCAAGGAGGAUGAAAUGGCAUUUGACAACCUUUUCUGUGUGGCCUUUCAAAUGAUGGAUGCGCAGUGGCUUGCAAAGCGUGCAUCAUAUAUGGAAUUCAACGAGGUUUUGAAGUCUACAAGAACGCAGCUAGAACGCGAACUUGUGCUAGAAGAUGUCUCCAACGUGACAGAAUUACCCGCAUACAAUUUUUUGAGAAGAUAAUAUGGUGAUAUGGUUUUGCAUCAUUUUCCGUUAGACGAUAUGAAGGUACAUGAAAUGACGCAAAAAAAAAUAAAAAUAGAAAUCAUAGCACAUAUAAAUCAAGCAGCAUGAAUACAAAUUUCUCAUUCUCUCGUA